AAUUCUCGCCGACUGAAUCGCCAACUCGGAACUCUUUGCAAGACAGAAGCAAUUCGUCGACAGCACACGUAGAUCGCCACAUGCGCAUUGUCACGCAUGUUACCAGCGAGGGUGUCAUGCACGUUGAAUCUCCAUCAGAGCCUGUGCUAGCCAUCGCUGCUUCCAAUAUCAUGCUGGCUCCCUACCUCCAGUCAGCUGAGAAAGCGAGAGGCUACACGUACGCAGACAUCCUCAAGAAAUUUCAGCAAGAAUGCUUGCUCAACCCCGAUGUUGCCUUGCUGAAGGGCAGUUUCGGUGAACUUGCCUCGCGGAUCAUCUUGAUGGUUGCUUGCGACGCCGUGAAGCGCAAAAAAAUCGAACAAACCGAGCCAAAGGAAUCGUCGGACACCCAACACGUGGGCGCCAGCAUCUACGCCAAGCCCGUGCGUCUCGAAAGCGUUCUUGAGAACCUUGCCGACCUCGACGAAGCCAAUCUCGCUGCGCUGCGCCAACGCCUUGAAGAUGUCUACGAUGCCGGCUCACGCACCGAACGGCAUGCGAUUCCGUUCAGAGAUCAGUUGCAAUCGGCUUCCUCUAUGCUACCGAUGUGGAUCAACUUUACGCAUUUCGACAUGCUGCCCAAAGCGAUCAACAAGAUAACACCCGAAUUUCUCUGGCACUGUUGGAAACGUGGAGUAGCCGUGCAAAUGUCGCACACACAGCAUGGCAUCGAUGGCAUCAUCCCGGUCUUUGUAGGUCAUCUCGACCGACCCUUCGUUGAUGGUUCGUCGACCGAUGCCUCUAACAUCACUCUUGAGCCCAGAGAGGGCGAGAGGCACGCUGCGCGCUACAUGACCUACAUUGCCUGGGAAGCAAAGAACCGAAGGGAUCCACAGAGCACCACGGUCCCUGCUAGUUCAGCGCCUGUCGUUGCUGGACCGGUGAUCAAGAGCGCCUCGAUGGCACCGCCAAACGAGAAGCCACUGACCGAACAGGCUCUGUUGAUCGUGCUUUUCGACCUUGGCACAAGCACCGGGUUCAAGAAAGCGCAAGACGGCUCUCGACCGCAAGUGACGCCUAUUACCGGUCAACAGUGCCCUCGGCUGUGCAUUCGGGGUUUGCUCGGCCCGCACGCUUACCCCUGUCUCGACCUUUUCGAGGCCCGUUCAACCUUGGUGGACAUUCUGUCGUCUAGCUCUGAUCCCGCACCAAACCCUCUCAACAUCAUCGAAAAGCCCAUGUGGAAUGAGCGCAUCCAGCCCGAGUCGGAUUCCAUUUAG